GCAGUUCGCUGAUGAAAUGGAGCCGGGGGCGACUUCUUUCCGCGUCGAAUUCCCUGAUUUCUGCAACACCGUCCUGCAGAAGCUCAACCAGCAGCGCCAGCAAGGCCAGCUCUGCGAUGUCUCCAUUGUGGUCCAGGGUCAUCUCUUCCGAGCCCACAAAGCCGUCCUGGCCGCCAGCUCCCCUUACUUUUGCGAUCAGGUGCUCCUGAAGAAUAGCCGGCGGAUUGUCCUUCCCGAUGUCAUGAACCCCAGGGUCUUUGAGAACAUCCUCCUCUCGACUUACACGGGCCGGCUCGUCAUGCCCGCUCCAGAAAUCGUUAGCUACUUGACGGCAGCUAGUUUCCUCCAGAUGUGGCACGUGGUGGACAAAUGCACGGAGGUGUUGGAAGGAAACCCUUCGGUCCUUUGCCAGAAGCUGAACCGGAGCAGCGACCACCAGUCUCCCAGCAGUAGUAACUACAAUGGCCUGGUGGAAAGCUUUGAGCUGGGUGCAGCAGGCCACUCGGAUUUCCACAAAGCGCAGGAACUGCGGGACGGGGAAAAUGAAGAGGAGAGCUCCAAGGAUGAGCUGUUGUCCCAACUGACCGAGCACGAAUACCUGCCUAGCAAUUCCUCGACGGAACAUGACCGCUUGAGCACCGGGAUGACUAGCCAGGACGGAGAAGAAGGGGUCAGCGACAGUACUGAUUACCAGUACGCCCGGCCUCAUUACAGCAAGCCCAGCAUUAUGUCUCACAAACGGUGGAUCCACGUCAAAACGGAGAGGUUCGUCCAAGAUUGCGAAGGAGUGGAGAUGCACGGCGCCUACGAUGAGCAUCAGGUCUCCGAGUCGGUGAACGCCGUGCAGCGAGACCACCCUGUUGAGACCAGCAUUGUGGAAGAUCUCCGGGUCAACGACAGGAAGGUGGAAAUGGAGUUUGGAAACCCGGCCAACGAAGGCAGCUACGACGAGCAAGUGGACUUCUACGGCUCUUCCAUGGAAGAGUUCUCCGGGGAAAAGAACGACGGGACGCUAAGCCUCCAGAGACCGGAGGCUUCGGGUUACGGGGAAAGCUUAGAUCUUCCCUCGGGGAUCAAGGAAGAAAACGCCCUUGCUGGCUUUUCGACCACCGACAAACUUUACCCUUGCCAAUGCGGCAAGAGCUUUACCCACAAGAGCCAGCGGGACCGUCACAUGGGCAUGCACCUCGGACUCCGGCCGUACGGCUGCGGCGUGUGCGGGAAGAAAUUCAAAAUGAAGCACCACUUGGUGGGCCACAUGAAAAUCCACACCGGCAUCAAGCCGUACGAGUGCAACAUUUGCGGGAAAAGGUUCAUGUGGAGGGACAGCUUCCACCGGCAUGUCACCUCCUGCACCAAAUCUUACCAGGCCUGCAAAAUGGAACAGAAUGCUGCUAAAAUGAACUAGAAGCGGACGGAUGGACGGGGUGGGACGGACGGUUUAAUCGGAUGAGCGAUUGUGUCGUGCCGCCUUGAUCCGAACACGGCUUAUUUUGACCAAGCGGGACGGCCGGUGUCUCCUGUGGCUUCGUUCCCGAGGCCUUGCUGCUUUUCGAGGUGGCGGGGUUCCAAAUAAACUCUGGGGCCAGCCCAGUCCCCUCUCUUAAGGUGCCCCUCCCCUGAGGCUGCAAAACAGACCAGCAAGUUGGCAUAACGGUACGCCCGGCUUCCAUCAAACGUGCAAAAAUUAACCGGCACUUGCAAACCGCUCCUUUCACAAACCUUGUUCACAAACCCUUAAAUGGAGGCGGAACGGAGACCAAGAUAGAAACAGAAGAACGAAUGAAUUAACUGCUUUGUGGCUGUUUUCCUGAAGCCCCUUCAACCAUCGUCGACUUUAAAAGCAUACCUUGUACAGGUAGUCUUCGGCGGGGUGGGGGGUGGUGAUCCCAUGACCCUG